GAACAUUCCACCCUGUGUUCCAUCUUCCUCCUCACACCUUCCGGCUGCAGCCACUCUGGGUGCGGCUGGCCUCCCUGUCGGGUGAGCGAGUUCAGGGGUACCCUCCCUCUCCCCAGGUUCCUGGUGUUCCUCCGGUACCAGGUUUACUACGAGUACCCGCUGCUGACCUACCUGGAGUACCCCAUUCUCAUCGCACAGGAUUUCAUCCUGCUACUCUGCGUGUUCCGUUUCAACGGGAACGUGUACCGGGCGGCGCCCUACGUCGCCCUAUUUGUGACGUCCUGGUUCCUGCUCACCCUGCAGAAGUGGAUCAUAGACCUGGCCAUGAAUUUAUGUACUUUCAUCAGCGCAGCCAGUAAGUUUGCGCAGCUGCAGUGCCUGUGGAAGACGCAGGACUCCGGGGCGGUGAGCGCGCUGACCUGGGGCCUGGCUUCCUACACCAGCGCCACAAGAAUAAUAACCACCUUAAUGACUACCAAUGACCUCACAAUCCUUACACGUUUUGUGGUCACGCUGGCUUUAAACCUGUGGGUGACAGCGACAGUCCUCCGCUACCGGAAGACGGGUGUAAAGGCUGAAUGAUGGAUGCGUAAUUCUGACACACAAAGUGGAUUUGGAGUAACUGAACCAAAGGAAAGAAGAGCUCAUUGCUAAUCGAGGUCUUUUAUAAAUUAGUCAAUCAUUUCUGAAACUCUGGAGCCAAAGGUAUUUUAGACUUGAAAGAGCCAUCCAAACACGUGUUUAAAAAUGACCCUCCCACCCCACACUUUACUAGGUCAAGUUGGGACACGGAUAUCUGCAGUGUUGAGAAGGUUGGUGGUUAAUGGAAACCAUCCAACAACCAUUUUGAGAUUGCUUUGCCUCUUAAAAGUCAUGAUUAAGUUCUCUCCAAAGAGCUGACUCUAUUUUUCAGCUUUCAGAGUCUUUUAAGAAAUAAGUCCUCUCCACAGAAAAAAUGAGCAUCAAGUGGGUUUUGCUCGGUCAGAAGAGUUGUAAUCAAUUACUAGGGGUUCACUUUCUGGAACUAGUGUCUAAUUGCAACAGAUAUGACAGGAUGGCCUUAUUGUAUCAUAAUACAGUAUAAUACCUGCUUACGUGUCACAAGUCUAUCAGGGCAAGCAAAAAUGUAACUGGCUUGAAUUCAUAUGCCAAAGCAGUCCUUUAACUUCAUACUGUGCCUUUAAGUAAUUCCUAACAAAAUGUACUAUUGGAUGCAAUCUCUGUGAUGAAGCAAUUCACGCUCUGAUUUAAGCACAAUGCUGCCUUUUUUAAAAACUGCUUUAAAUAUAUGUAUGUGUGUGGUGUGUGUGUGUGUAUUAGUACACACACACACACACA